AAGCGGAACUAGCUGUGUUAACAGAAAUGAAGGCGGAUAACGGAGCAUUAAACACAUUAUGGUUUUCCUCGUGAUUGUUUAGUCUAAUGAUGCUUUUUUCUUAAUUUUAUUAACACGAAAUGCAUUAGUAAUAAUAUAUAUUUUUAAAAAGAACCACACGGGAUGGUAGCUCGUGUCUACAGAGCCUGCUGCAUCUCUGAUCCAAAAACGAAACAUUUGUGUAACUCUCGUGUUCUUCUACAAAUGUGUUUGGGGUACAAACAACGGACUGCCUACCUAGAACUGCGCCAGAAUUUUCAGAGGCCUUUUCAGUCACUUCCUCAGCCGUGCAAGAUGCCAGCCGCGCUAGCAGAUACCAGCAAGAUCAUCUGUGAAGUUUGGGCAAGCAAUUUGGAGGAGGAAAUGAGGAAAAUCCGACAGAUUAUUCAGAGCUUCAACUUCAUUGCCAUGGACACAGAGUUCCCAGGAGUUGUGGUGAGGCCGAUUGGUGAGUUUCGCAGUACAGUGGAUUACCAGUAUCAGCUCCUGCGGUGUAACGUGGACCUGCUGAAGAUCAUCCAGCUCGGACUGACCUUCAUGAAUGAAGAUGGGGACUACCCUCCUGGAACAACGACUUGGCAGUUUAACUUCAAGUUCAACCUGACAGAGGACAUGUACUCCCAGGACUCCAUUGAUCUGCUCCAGAACUCUGGACUGCAGUUCAAGAAACACGAGGAAGAAGGAAUUAAUACUCUCUACUUUGCCGAGCUCCUCAUGACAUCUGGCUUAGUGCUGUGUGAAAAUGUCAAGUGGCUGUCCUUUCACAGCGGCUAUGACUUCGGCUACUUGGUGAAGCUUCUCACUGACACCAGGCUGCCUGAGGAGGAGCACGAGUUCUUUCAGAUACUCAACCUCUUCUUUCCUGCGAUCUAUGAUGUGAAAUACCUUAUGAAGAGCUGUAAGAACCUCAAGGGGGGUCUUCAGGAAGUUGCUGAUCAGCUAGAGUUGAAGAGGAUAGGCAGGCAGCACCAGGCUGGCUCGGACUCGCUGCUCACUGGGAUGGCGUUCUUCAGAAUGAAAGAGUUGUUUUUUGAAGAUAACAUCGAUGAUGCGAAGUACUGUGGGCGGCUGUAUGGUUUGGGUUCUGGAUCCACCCAGAGCCAGAACGGAAUUGCAAACUCCUCUCAAGAAGAAACCAACAACAAACACUGACCAGACGACCCACAGAGCCAUGCCGGUGCACUUCUUUUAUCUCCAGAGUAGUCGUUCAUUCAUUGCUUCUUCCAGCACGUUUUUAAGAAGUUGUGUGAUUCAGAUCUCGUCAGUCGUGAAAGGACUUUGGUUUCUGUUGUCGCUAAAUCUUGUGUUCUGUUAAGCCACACCUGCUUUCCCAGUUAAACUUCAGUCCUGAAACGGAUCGCCUGGGGUACCGAAACUGAGCUCCUCCAGCUUUAAAUGAUCCUUUUAUUGCCUUCAGCUGCAGUACUGCCACAGUUUUAUUUAUUUUAACAGGGGACCAGUGCCUGGGUGCUGCAUGCUGUGAAAGACAUUAGAAAUGCAGCAUUUUAACACACUCUGCUGCAAUCCUCUUCUAAAAUUCCUAACUCGCUAACCAACAGCCGCUGCGACCCAUACAACAGGUUUCGAGUUGGAUUUCCUAGGAACAUUUAAAAUAAAACAAAAUAACUAGAGCAGUGUCUGAUCCGUAGGAGACAAGUUGUAGUUGUACAAUUUUAAAUAAGGCUGGGAAGUUAUGUAUAUUAUAAAGAAAGCCAUUACGUUUUCCAGUUUUCACGCAGAAAUUAAGAUUUCAGGAAAGGAUGUUGGCUUAGUAGGAAAAGACAACUUCUGAAGUUAACUGUACCUUUUUUGCUUUUAAAAAUGUUCACCACCUGAUUUAAUAUAUCCAUAGGUGAUUGUGAUGUAUAUUGUUUUUAAAAACACCCGUUGUUUUAAACAGUUGUGUAUUAAAGUGUUUUCUAUUAACUGGA